AUGGCUGCACACCCGACACGCUUGUCACGAAUUCUGCCGACGAUCCUGUGUCUAGCCUUAAUAACGACCGUCGUGCUCGCCCACCCUCACCAUGACGAAGUCUCCGAUGAAGAUGCUCAAGCACCAGUAGACGCUAUUCUGUGGAUACAUAUGGCCCUGCAGGCUAUGGUUUGGGGUGUGUUAUUUCCGACGGGAAUGGUCUUGGGAAUUACUCGAAGUCGAUGGCAUGUUCCACUUCAGGCAACAGGAUUUGCACUAACCUUCGGCGGUUACAUCCUAGGCCACACUCAUAAGGGUCGCAUGUUCCCGAGGUCUGUGCAUGGAACGUUCGCGUCGAUACUUUUCAUCCCAAUCGUUGGCCAACUGGUUCUCGGAAUCUACCUGAAACUUCACAUACACGAAAAGUCGAUAAGACCAUAUGCUGUGGUUGCUCAUGGCAUAAUCGGAAAAGUAUACCCAAUACUUGGCUGGACACAGAUGUUGUUUGGCAUUGCCACAUUUCGUGGAUACUGUCGGGGCGGACAUCUCGGCCAGUGUCUGGCCCAUUAUAUAAUGGGAAGUGGCUUCAUCGCCUAUGCUACAAUCAUGGCUAUCAUUUUGCUAGUCGGAGAGGCUUGGGUGCGACGAAGUGGUCGCAGCCCUGAGUGGUGGGAUUCCUGAUGGACAUCCACUUACAUGAGUAAUGCAGUCAACACCUUUACUGAGCACCAUGGAGGAAAUUGGUCUGUCAAAGACAUGCAGCACACGAUACUUGGCGUUCUCUGGUGGACAGGAGGCAUUCUCGGAAUUUUCCUGUCACGGAAUAACCAGCGCAACGUCAUCCCAGGAGUUAUAAUUAUACUAACGGGGUGGGGGAUGUCAGAACACGCCCAAGCUCUCAUGUUGUCAACCAAGGUCCAUGCUACGUUCGGCCGUACCCUCAUGCUCGCUGGCUUCGCGCGUGUGAUUGAAAUCUGUUUUUUCGUACCCAAGUAUUCUCCGGAAGGCGUAGAUGAUGACAAUCACAGUGAACAAACUCUUGCCGAUGGCGCACCGAGUCCAGGGUUUUUAUCUUCGUACAAUAACGGCGAUAGUAGUGGAAAGGCAGCAGCUGCGCGAGCGUUCCGCCACCUUCCUCCCUUCCUUCUAGUGGCCGCUGGUCUAUUGUUCAUAUCUGCAACGGACGAAGAGUUAGAAUACGUGCAUGAAAAUGAGAUGGACCACGUCACAUACAUUCUUAUUAUGUUUAGGUGUGUGAUCCUACGCCCACUUCCCGAUAUCGACUCAUUUUCCCAAAGCAUCGCCUUUGCGCUGUACACAUUCAUUGUCUUCCUCAUCCAUCUUUACUCUACAACGGGGCGCAACGCGGCUACCAAGCCUGCCAACGAUAAUAUCGAAAUGACGUCUAGUAGGAUAAGGCCAAAAUGGUAUGCGCGUGUGCCUAAUGCUGAAGCAAACCACGGGGGAGCCAAUUAUAUCGUCGGGGACGAUGAGGAAGACGAGCUGGACCCACGGUAA